ACCAUUGUGGUUUUAGGUGGUGUCUCUCUGCAUGGCGGGAAGCAGAAUAAUAAAAGCGUAAACACAAAUAUUUUGAAUGUAUUGUCAAGGGCUGUCUGGAGUUAAGAGACAAUUAGUGUUGUUUACUAAUUUACGUAGCUUAUAAGAGGUAAAUGGCAGUGUGAUUUUGAAAAAAAAAAGUGUUAGAAAAAACUUUUAAUAUUUGCAGCGUGCAGACUUUCCACCUAUUGACUGGAAUUGAACGUGUGCUUUGUUGAGUUCCAAACCGCAAAUCUUCAAAUCAUGUUGGAAGCACUUCAGGAGUUGGAGACUAUAAAUUCUCAAAAUGUUGAUAGAGAUAUUGCUGACAAAUUAAUGCAAUAUAAAAAUACAAAAGAUUUGGUGAAGAAGAAAAUAGAUCAAACAGCUGCUGAAGCAGAUGAUAUUAAAGGGGAAAUCAGUAACUACAAAGAAAAAUUAAGCAACCUGCAGUCCGUUUUAUCAACACUUAAGGAUAAGCACGCUGCAGAAAGCAAAGCCUUGAUGGAGGAAUCAGAGAAAUAUAAGAUGAAGCAGUUCGACCUGUCCGUACAGGAGAAUCUGUGCAAAGACCUGCAGAAGCAGCUGGACAAGUUUCAGUACAAUCCCAAACUGUGCAACAGCGACAAGAACCAGCUUGCUGAGUGCCGGAGGAAGUUGAAUCUCUACUACCAGACCACACGCAUCAGGUGGGACUACAGCGCUCCAGAAAGCACGGUGAAGGGCUAUGUGACCAACAAAUCUAAAACGGAAGCGGUACCCUUCGAGUUUUCCACCGACGAUGGCCCAGUGUGUGAAAAGCUGUGGGGUGUUUUGGAACAAGUGGUUGACACAGACUGGGAAGAUUUGGAAGGCAGUAGUAAAGAUUAGCACUAUACAUUGUGCGUGUUGGCAGAUUACAAACCUAGCUGUUUCAUCCUUGUAUAUUAUGAGAGAAAUAGUAAUUGUAAAUUUUUUGCAGUAGUUUCAAAAUUUGUUCCAGUAAAGACAAAAAGAAGAAGUUUGCUGGACUUACAUUUGGCUGCCAGCUCUGUUAAAAAGUAACUUGAAUGUACAUAUACAUAAAUGAUUUUUGUUUUGUAAUAACAAUCUUGUAAAUAUUAAUUUCUUAAGCUGUUAGAUGUUAGCAAAAUUUUCGUGAGAAUGCAAUAUUAUGUGGUGAUAAAAAAGGUUUUGUGAAUGUGUGACUGCAUGAUAUUGUCCUUGUCAAUUGUGCCUGUUUUGAUUCAGAGACCAAAUUAGUUGGUAUGGCAUGUUUUGUUCUUCUAUGUUUCUUUAGGUAGACAUUCUGACUAUCCCUAUUGAAAAUGUUAUAGCACAUGUUAUUCUUUUAUUUUGUACUUGUUUGGUGUUUUCAGUUGCUUCUGAAGUUAUUUGUCAAUAUAAAACUAUAAUUAUCUUUUGUAAUGUAAACUAGGCAUUAUGUUCCAUAUUUUGCAACUUCAAAAUGUUUGUUUUGAUUUGGUUGUAAAAGAUUGCAAUGCUCUUUUAAUUAAAUAUAUUGUUUUUAUGCAGUAUUUUAGGAUUUUUGUAAGUAACAAAGGUAGAAGAUACCAAGCUGUGGAUAGACAACAAAAAAUCUUAAUUGAUGCAGGGGAACAAAACCAGCAAUAAUCAAACAACCUUGUUUUCUAUCUGUAUUAUUAUUUUAUAAAAACAAAGACUUUUCUUUACAAUUUUUACAAGGUUGUAUAAACUAUCUUCCUCUGAAGGGCGUAUCGUUACCAAACAAAGACUUUUCUUUACAAUUAUUACAAGGUUGUAUAAACUAUCUUCCUCAGAAGGGCGUAUCGUUACCGUUGACUUUGAAUCUGUGAGCAAAAUAAAGUAUGUGCCAUUAAACAUUAUGCAUAACACAAAUCUCUUUGAAUAACAUUUAAAUGUCACUUUAAUUACUGGUUGGAUUAGCAAUUAUCUUUACAAGCUCGUCAAGACAAAUUUACUGAAUUCAUUAUUGGACUAACAUUAAAAAUUAAUAACUUCCUGUUAACAUGGGCUAUUUAUAAGUUAAGUUAAAAGUUAAAGAUGUAUCUUCAAAUUAAACUUUUAAUGAAACUGUA